AUGAUGGAUAACAAUAACUUAUCGAAAGUCAAUAAUAAGACAACAACAGUAGAUAACAAUGAUUGUUCUGUUAUAAUAUCUUCUAGUCAUCGAAAGCCUUGUAGAUUGGAUUGGGCUGAGUCAUCUUGGACACGAUGGAUUUAUGUUAUAUUUUGGUGGUGGUUGAAUCCAAUUUUAAAUAUUGGUAGUAAACGUAAAUUAACUGAAGAUGAUUUAUUUGAUGUAUCGCCAAAUGAUGAAUGUAGUCAAUUGUUAAAGAAACUUGAAAUAGUAUGGGAAAAUUAUGAAAAUAAAUGUGAACACAUCAACACAUGGAAAAUAGUUGUUAAAACAUUUUGGAAACAGAGUUUCAGAAUUGGCCUCAUAUUUUUACCAUAUCUUGCCGCAAAACUAGCUCAGCCUUUACUGAUGAAAGGAAUUGUUCUUAAUAUAAAUGAUUCAAAUGCAGCUUCAUACGUAGGCUAUUUAUAUGCCGUCGGAUUAGGACUUUCGACCACAUCUCUAGUAUUAAUGCAUCAUCAAAUUUUUUUUCGUACAAUACGCAUUGGAAUCCAAAUACGCAUUGCACUCUCAUCGAUUAUUUAUAAAAGAUUAUUAUCAUUGCCAACAAGAGUAAUUAUGAAAACGACAACAGGUCAAGUAUUAAAUUUAAUUUCAAAUGAUGCUAGUAAAUUUGAAGAACUAUGCAAAUAUAUUCAUAAUUUAUGGAUGGCACCAUUAGAAGCAGUGAUUGUCUUCGGUAUAAUGUGGCAUGAAAUUGGUAUUCCGACCUUGUUCGGUUACGCUGUAUUGUUACUACAACUUCCAUUACAAUGGUUUUUUAGUAAAAAAUUUAGAACAUACAGGAAAAAUACUAUGCAAUGGACUGAUGAACGUGUAAAAAUUACCAAUGAAAUAUUAGUUGGUUGUCAAAUUGUUAAAAUGUAUCGAUGGGAAGAAGCAUUGGAGACUGUUGUUCAUAAUACAAGAAAGAAAGAAUUUCAAAGUAUUCGAAAAGCGAAUCGGAUUCGAGCAAUUAAUAUGGCCAUUUAUUUUUCAUCAUUAUCUUUAAUAUCAUUGGCUACGUUUGGUGGUAGUUGGUUAAUGGGUCAUACAUUGUCCAGUGCAAAUAUUUUUACAAUUUUAUCAUUUUUCGCUAUAAUAAGAUAUGAACUAACUAAUGGCUUAUCUUAUGCUGUUGACACAUUAAGUGAAAGUAUGAUAGCAUCAAAACGUAUUAAUCAAUUCAUGAAUUUAUCAAAACAGACUCGUACAAAAACAGUACAAGAACAUUCUACAGAUGAUCAUAAACGUAUACCAGGUAGUAUAGUAAUGGAUCGAGCUUCAUUUACGUGGGAUUCGACUCAAUCGGCUCAACUUAUUGAAGUUGAUUUAGAUUUGAAUGCUGGUUCAUUAGUAGGUAUUAUAGGAACAACUGGUUCGUGUAAAUCAUCUCUUUUGGCAGCAAUACUUGGUGAAAUGUGUCUUAUUGAAGGUAUUAGUAAGAUAUAUGGUAACAUUGCAUAUGUAUCUCAAACACCAUGGAUAUUUGCUGGUACGAUACGUGAAAACAUCUUGUUUUGUAAACAAUUUAAUAAAGACAAAUAUGAACGUGUGUUGAAAUCAUGCUGCUUAGCUACUGAUUUACAAUCUUUACCAGCUAGUGAUUUAACAGUAAUAGGAGAAAAAGGAGUAAAUUUGAGUGGAGGACAAAAAGCUCGUGUCUCACUUGCUCGAGCUUUGUAUACUGAAGCUGAUAUUUAUUUGUUUGAUGAUCCACUAGCAGCAGUUGAUCCUACAGUUGCCAGAAAAAUUUUUCAACAGUGCAUUAGUAAUGAAGGUGUUUUAAACGAUAAAACACGUUUGUUAGUUACACAUCAAAUACAAUUUUUACCAGAAUUCGAUCAUUGUAUUUUAUUAGAUCAUGGUAAAAUAGAAAAACAAGGUUUAUUUGAUGAAUUAUUAACAAUAGAUAAAGUUAAACAAGCCUAUGAAAAUCAACAGAAACAUGUACACGACACGCGAAAAACCAAUCAACAAAAUGAUCCUAGUAUUUAUGAUGAUGAUGAUUCCACGAAGCCAUCGGAAAUUAUUGAUAAAAGUAGUAUUGUUCUAGAAGAAACAUCUGUCAGUGGAACGGUCAGUGGUUAUGUUUGGUUUAAAUUAUUUACUUCUAGUUAUGGCUGGCUUGGAUUCAUAGUUUUAAUUUUUUUCAUGUUGUUGGGUCAAGGUCUUUAUGAUGCAAGUAACAAAUGGUUAAGUGUAUGGUCGUCCAAGAUAGAAGCAGAGCAACGCAAAAAUCACUAUCCAUAUGUAUAUUUAGGAUUGGUUAUUGCCACAUGCAUAAUCGCAAUAUUUCGUGCUGAUUAUUUUUUUCACAUUAUAUUACGUGGCACAUCUGUAUUUCAUAAUAGGAUGUUUAAAGGUGUUUUAUAUAGUUCAUUGAGAUUUUAUGAGAGUAACCCUGUUGGUCGUAUAUUAAAUAGAUUUAGUAAAGAUCAACAAGUUCUUGAUGAAUUAUUACCCUUAACAUUUUUCGAUACAAUUCAAUCACUAAUCAUGGUAUUAGGUGGUAUUGUUAUUAUUGGUAUGGCGAUUCCAUGGGUAUUAUUAAUAUUGGUCAUCAUUAUCCCAGCAUUUCUUUGGUUAAGAAAAAUUUAUGUAAGAAUAAGCAGAGAAAUAAAACGAUUAGAGAGCGUAAGUAGAAGUCCUAUUUAUGCAUUAUUUUCUUCAUCAUUAAGUGGAUUAAUGACUAUUAGAACAUUCAAAGUAGAAAAUGAUUUCCUUAAUUCAUUUAUUGACAAAAUUAAUGCCAAUACGCGUGCACUUUUCAUAUUCAUGUGUUCAACUAGAUGGUUUGGUUUAAGAUUAGAUUUAAUGACUUGUUGCUUAACAUUUUUGACAGCAAUUUUAUCCGUAGUCUUACGUAAGAAUUUGGAUGCUUCAUCUGUAGCAUUGGGUUUAUCAUAUUGUAUUAAUUUAACGGAUCUCUUUCAAUGGGCUGUACGUCAAUCGGCUGAAACUGAAAAUUAUAUGAUUAGUGCUGAGAGGAUCGAUGAAUACUCUCACAUUCCUGCAGAACCAGGUUUUUAUAAAGACGAGUUAGAACCACCAUCGAAUUGGCCAACCGAAGGAAGAAUCGAAUUCAACGAAUAUAAAUUAAGCUAUCGUUCAGAGCUUGAACCAGUAUUAAAAGGUAUAAAUUUAAAAAUUGAACCACACAAUCACAUUGGUAUUAUUGGACGUACAGGUGCUGGUAAAUCGUCUAUUUUUCAAGCACUCUUUCGAUUAAUUGAUAAAUCAACAACCAAUGGUAGAAUAUUCAUUGAUGGAGUUGAUAUUAGCAGGAUUAGUUUGAAUGAUUUACGGUCAAUUUUAAAUAUCAUUCCACAAUCUCCUGUCUUAUUUAGUAAUACACUUCGAUAUAAUUUAGAUCCAUUCAAUCAUUCUACUGAUGAGCAAUUAUGGGAUGCAUUAGAAGCGGUUCAAUUAAAAAAGAAGAUUAACAACUUAAAAGAUAAAUUAAAUACACAAAUAGCAGAAUAUGGAAGUAAUUUUAGCGUGGGCGAAUGUCAGCUAAUUUGUGUAGCAAGAGCAAUUCUAAAACCAAGUAAAAUUUUACUAAUCGAUGAAGCAACAGCACAUGUUGAUACGAAAACUGAUGGAUUAAUUCAACAAAUUUUACGCGAAAAAUUUUCGACUCAUACCAUAUUAACAAUUGCUCAUCGUCUGAAUACAGUAAUGGAUAGUGAUAAAAUUGUUAUUAUGAAUGAUGGUAUCAUUGCAGAAUAUGGAACACCAAGAGAAUUACUUAUUGUGAAAAAUGAACUAUUCACUGACAUGAAUGUUGACGAGGAAUUCGUUACAUAUCUAUAA